GUUUCAGACCCAAUAUAAACUUUCGUUAACCCCCCCGAUUCCCCAUUUCACUUUCUUCCGAAUCCAAUCUCAUUGUUCAUCCUCUUUUUAUCUCUUCAAAAGAAUCGGAAUUCCCUGGAUUCACCAGCUACACUUGGAUCAGCAACUGCAUUACCGACAAAUCUUAUCAGGAAAUUGCGAUUCAUCAGAGGGUAAGUUAAGUACCCCAUCUUUUCAUUUCUUCAGAAGGGAUUUCGAUUUCAUGAAUAGAAUCUUAUUAAUCACGCUGCAGAUUAGACAGUUCAUAGUUUUAUGACAUCUUAGAUUAAAGAUUUAUCGAGUUAAGGGCUAAUUUAGAGAUCAAAUUUUAAUGGGGAAAUCUGGAGGUAGGAAGAAGAAGGGGGGUGGGGCUAACCAGAAUCAAAAUCAGAAUCAAAAUCAAAACCCUAGUCAAAGUCAAAGUCAAACGCAAAACCAUGUGCCUACAGUUAAUACCCAACCUUCAUCAAUGGUGUCCAAUGGUGGUGGUAUUGAGUUGGACUCAUCCCUUUUCUUGAAGAGAGCUCAUGAGCUUAAAGAAGAAGGUAACAAAAGGUUUCAAGUCAGGGACUUUGUGGGUGCUCUUGAACAGUAUGAAAAGGCUCUUAAACUCACCCCUAAAACCCACCCGGAUCGAGCCGUGUUCCAUGGCAAUCGGGCAGCUUGUUUGAUGCAAAUAAAUCCAAUAGAUCAUGAUAAAGUUAUAUCUGAGUGCUCUAUGGCGCUACAGGUUCAGCCUAUGUAUGUUCGAGCCAUACUACGUAGGGCAAGGGCGUAUGAGGCGGUCGGAAAGUAUGAUAUGGCUUUGUUGGAUGUGCAAAGACUAUUAGGUGUUGAACCAAAUCAUAGGGAUGCUUUGGAGAUUGCUCGAAGGUUGCGGACCCCAAUCAAUGGGGCUCGACAAGAAUCCCAACAGGAUCUUCAGAGCCGCCCUUCACCUGCGGCUCUAGGGGCCUCUGCGGUCCGUGGAGCCCCUAUUGGUGGUCUUGGACCUUGUUUGCCUGCUCGCCCGGUUCCUAAGAAACCUGGACCAUCAGGGACCGUUGGUGCUGCUAACAGAAUGCUGGAUAAGACCUAUCCGGUUCCAUCCACGGAGAAUGAGGUCAAACCCACCCAAAUGCCGAAGCUUGUUUUAAAGCCUGAAGGUGGUUGUUCUAACAAAUCUGAUGGUAAUCCAGAAAAGAGUAACAAAAAGGAACAUAUGGGUUCUUCAGUCCUGCCGACGUCAGAUGUUCUGAUUCAAUGGAGACCUUUAAAGCUUGUGUAUGCUAACGAUAUCCGGCUUGCUCAAAUGCCAGUAAGCUGCACUUUUAAGGUGUUAAGAGAGGUUGUAAGCAAACGGUUUCCAUCUUCAAAGUCGGUUCUGAUAAAAUUCAAGGAUAAUGAUGGGGAUUUGGUGACUGUAACGUGUACUAGUGAGCUCAGACUUGCGGAAUCCAUUGCAGACAGCCUUGUUCUUAAUAAAGAUGAUGUCGAAAAAUUUGACUCAUAUGGGAUGUUGAGAUUGCAUGUUGUUGAGGUUAGUCCAGAGCAUGAGCCACCAUUGUUAGAAGAAGAAGAACCUGUUGAAGAAGAAGAAAGCACGAAAUCUCUUGAGCCUGAAGUGUUUGAAGCGGAUGAUACUGUAAACGAAUUGGCAGGCGAAACUGUGACUGAUGAUAAGAAAAGAGAAAAAGAAGACGAUAAGAAAACGGAAAAAGAAGACGACAAGAAAACUGAAAAAGGUCAUACAUCAGAGAAAGAUGAUCCUGAGUUGAAGGAAGUGGAGAUGGACGAUUGGCUGUUUGAAUUUGCUCAGCUAUUCCGAUCUCACGUAGGAAUUGACGCUGAUGCCCACAUUGACCUCCAUGAACUCGGGAUGGAAAUGUGCUCUGAAGCCCUUGAAGAAACCGUAACGAGUGAAGAUGCUCAGUCUUUAUUCGACAAAGCUUCCUUAAAGUUUCAAGAAGUUGCUGCUUUAGCUUUCUUUAAUUGGGGGAACGUUCAUAUGUGUGCAGCCAGGAAACGAAUCCCUAUAGAUGAUUCGGACGCUAAAGAUAUAGUGGCCACACAACUUCAAGCAGCUUACGAGUGGGUGAAAGAAAAGUACGAAUUAGCAAGAAAAAAGUACGAGGAAGCAUUGUCGAUAAAACCAGACUUUUAUGAAGGACUACUAGCACUCGGUCAACAACAGUUUGAGAUGGCAAAACUUCAUUGGUCGUUUGUUCUUGCUAAGAAAGAAGAUCUUUCCAAGUGGGAUCCAACAGAUACGAUUAAGCUUUUCGAUAGUGCUGAAGAGAAGAUGAAAUCUGCAACCGAAAUGUGGGAAAAAUUGGAGGAGCAAAGAGCUAAAGAACUUAAAGAUCCUAAUACAAGCAAGAAAGAAGAUUUGGCAAAAAGAAGAAAGAAACAAGCGGGUGGUAAUGAAGGCGAUGACACAAAAACUGGCGGUGAGGUUUCUGCUGUUGAGGCUGCAGAACAAGCAGCGGUAAUGAGAUCCCAAAUACACCUUUUUUGGGGUAAUAUGCUUUUCGAGCGAUCUCAAGUUGAGUGUAAGUUGGGUUUGAACGGGUGGGAGAAACACUUGGAAACAUCUGUUGAACAGUUUAAGCUUGCUGGAGCCUCAGAGGUUGACAUAUCAACGGUUCUUAAGAACCAUUGUUCUAAUGCAGAAGCUGCAGAAGGAGGUGACAAAAAGGUGAAAACCCCAAGUUCAGAUACGACUGAAAUAGCAGAUGAUAACGAAAAAGCCAACCGCUCUUAAAAAAGGUUUGAUUUUUAUCUUUAUGCAACAAUUUUUGUGUUAAUUCAUUUGAGAAAGGAGGUGUGGUUUUCUUUAAAGUAAGUUUCAGAAUUUAGGAUUUGUACUUGUGCUUAUGCUUAUGCCCAAACUCAUUGUUAAUUGGGGGCCAUAUGCCCAAUAAUUUUGAGCUGAUGCUAAUUUUCAUAUCAUCAGGCAGCUGCAUUUUGCUCU